AUGUUUACCGUGAUUGGAUGGAUGCUUCUCUCUACGCCCAGUAUCACUGACUACGCACACCGCCCUAACUACGAAGGCGCCAGACAGAUUUUCGAACUGGUAACCCCUCCAGGAAUGGCCGUGCGACCUGCUCGUCAUAUUUCGGACAAAGUUCUGACGUCUACGGGACGGGACCUUGUCCGCGGUUACUCAGCGUCGUCGGAGCUCUGA